AUGUCGAAUCCAGCCGGAGGGAGCGGUGGGGAGGAGGUUCCAAAGGGGAUAAACCUCUCGAACACUAUUCAUUCAGAGGUGGCGCCGUGCCUGCCGCUGCCGUCGCUCCCGGUGUUCUGCGGCGCGCUCGAUCAGGAACUCCGCCUGUUUGAAGACGGCGGCGGUGGCUUGAGCUGGAAUUCCGGUCGUGGUGAUGUUUCCGGCAAGAUUGCCGAACUGCUCCGCAAUGCUGACGUGUCCUACCUGAAUCUGAAGGAUGAAGAUAAUCUUCACUCGGGAGGUCCAGUGGGAAACUCUGACUUAUUCAAUGAUGUUCUUAGACAUGAUCCCGAAGCAUUUGAGUAUAUUACUCCAGGUCCUGCCAAGGAGUCAAUGGACAGUGGUAAUUUAACUGAAACCAAGUCGAUUGAGCAAAGUGUGCCUGUUAUUGCUGCUCAAGUGCCGAAUGACCCUUUAACAACUAAAAAUUAUCAGCAAGACCGUAAUGGCAUUAUCAAUUCUUCAAGGAAACCUAAAGCGAAAAUGAAACGCAACAAUGAUUUGCCAUCAGCAACUUUUCCUGAUUCCAAAGAGCAUCAAGAUGCAGCCAUUACAAGUUUUUGUGAAUUGUUGGAGGACAUUUGUGGCAGAGCUGAAAUUCUCUGUGAUGAUCGGGAUGAGCCAGAAUGGGUUCCAUUGACCCAAGCUGAUCUUAAAUCACUUGUAAAUGCUAUAAUGUCUAUCAGGUCAAAAAAGUUACUUCAUAUGGUUCCUGCGGAUAUUCUUUCAAGAACAUUAAAAGUUCUAGAUCAACAAAUUCACCGGGCAGAAGGACUGUCCAUUGAUGAUAGUGACAAUUUGGACGGUGAUGUUGUGACAUCCAUUUAUUGUUCCCUGGAGUCUAUUCAUGCAGCUUUAGCUAUUAUGGCUCAUGAUGGUUUGCCUAAACAGCUUUAUAAGGAGGAGAAUAUUGAAAGGAUCCUGGAGUUCUCAAGACAUCAGAUUUUGGAUGUUAUGUUCACUUGUGAUCCAGCAUAUCGUGCCUUGCACAAACCUAAUUAUAAUGGGGCACUUGAUGAUGAGGAAGAUGAUGAAGAUUAUGAGGAUUUUGGCUCAGCUAGUAAGAAAAGGCGAACUUCCAAAAGUGUGAAAGCUAGAAAAUCGACAGCAAACAGAAUGUCUGGUACAGCGAAUGCCAUACUUCAGAAGUUGUGCACUAUUCUCAGCUUUCUGAAGCAGCUAUUGUUGAUAGAACGACUAUCAGAUAGUUGCAUUCUCCAGCUUGUAAGAACUAGUUUACAGACACUGUUGGUUGAUAACAUCCAGCUUUUGCAGCUGAAAGCAAUCAGUUUGGUUGGUGGGAUUUAUUACACCUACACUCAGCAUAGAUCACAUAUGAUGGAUGAAACUCUUCAAAUCCUCCUGAAAUUGCCCCUUUCAAAGAGAGUGCCAAGAACUUAUCAUCUUCCAGAUGAAGAACAAAGGCAGAUACAGUUAGUCACCGCUCUAGUGAUUCAAAUGAUUCAUUACAGUGCAAAUCUUCCUGAGGUGAUGAGACAAACCUCUGGAAAUCUUCCCCUGGACGUGUCGAUUGAUGCAGAUUAUCCAAUCAAAUGCCAUGAGGCAGUAACAGAGUCUUGCUGUCUCUUCUGGAGUCGAGUUCUUCAGCGUUAUACGAGCACAAAAAAUCAAGAUGCAUCUGAACUGAAGACAAUUAUGGAAAAUCUUGUUAUGGAUUUGCUCAGUACUCUGAACUUACCCGAGUAUCCUGCCUCAGCUACGAUCUUAGAGGUUCUGUGUGUGCUACUACUUCAGAAUGCUGGGUUGAAAGCAAAAGAUAAUAAUGCUCGAACAAUGGCUAUCGACCUUCUAGGCACAAUUGCCGCAAGGUUGAAACAUGAUGCACUUCUCUGUAGGAAGGAAAAGUUUUGGAUUGUGCAGGUGCUGAUGAACAGUGACAGUGAUGAUCCUAGCUUUCCAAAAGACAGUUGUUCUAUUUGCCUGGAUUCAAAAAUAGAAAAAUCUGUAUUAGUAUGUCAAGGUUGUAACAGAGUGUUCCAUGUUGAUUGUAUUGGAGGACAAGAGCAAGAUGCUAUUUGGAACUUUAAUUGUGAGAUUUGCUUAUGCGAAAAACAACUUCUUGCCUUGAAACAAUACUCUGAAUCCCAGAAUAAGGAUGAGCAGAAGCGAAAUCGCAGUCAUUCGGGAAAGUCCUCUCGAGUUGCCGUUCGAGUCAGAAAACAGGAGAUUAUCCAACAAAUUCUUCUGAAUUAUUUACAGGAUGCAGGCUCUGCAGAUGACCCUCACCUCUUCACACGAUGGUUUUAUCUUUGCCUGUGGUAUAAAGACGACGCAGCUUCUCAACAGAACUUGUCAUACUUCCUUACAAGAAUGAAACCAAGCACAAUAGUGCGUGACUCAUGUGCUUCUUCAUCCUUUCUGACAAGGGAUACAAUGAAAAGAAUUACUCUGGCAUUGGGACAAAAUAGCUCUUUUGCUCGAGGAUUUGACAAGAUUCUUCAAGUGUUACUGGCAAGCCUGAGAGAGAAUGCACCGGGGAUUCGAGCCAAGGCACUCCGAGCGGUUAGUAUUAUUGUAGAAGCUGAUCCUGAGGUAUUGGGGGACAAGCUUGUCCAAACAGCUGUUGAAGGGAGGUUUUGUGACUCUGCUACGUCGGCUAGAGAAGCUGCACUUGAGCUUGUUGGCCGUCAUAUUGCUUCUCAUCCUGAUGUUGGUCUGAAGUAUUUCGAGAAGGUAGCUGAGAGAACAAAGGAUACUGGAGUAAGUGUCCGGAAACGUGCUAUUAGAAUUAUCAGGGAUAUGUGUACCGCCAGUGCUGAAUUUCCUCAGUACGCGGCUGCUUGUGUUGAGAUAAUAUCACGUAUCAAUGAUGAAGAAUCCAGCAUCCAGGACCUGGUCUGCAAGACAUUUUAUGAGUUUUGGUUUGAGGAGCCUUCUGAUUCACAGAGCCAUCUUUAUAGAGAUGGUAGUUGUGUUCCAUUGGAAGUAGCUAAGAAGACAGAGCAGAUUGUUGAUAUGUUGAGAAGGAUGUCCAGUCAUCAACCUCUUGCUAUUGUCAUUAGACGAAACUUAGCUCUUGACUUUUUCCCACAAUCCUCCAAAGCUGCAGGGAUAAACCCUGUGCUACUUGCUUCGGUACGAAGGCGCUGUGAGCUAAUGUGCAAGUGCCUGUUGGAAAAAGUAUUGCAGGUUACUGAAAUGAACAGUGGGGAAGGAGAAGACUGUAUGCUUCCAUAUGUUCUGCUCCUACAUGCCUUCUGUCUUGUGGAUCCUACACUAUGUGCACCGGCUUCUGAUCCUACCCAAUUUGUGAUCACACUACAACCAUAUCUGAAGAUCCAGUCUGACAAUCGAGUGGCUGCACAACUGAUGGAGAGUAUAUUGUUCAUAAUUGAUUCUGUCUUGCCUUUACUGCGGAAGCUUCCUCAGAAUGUUGUGGAGGAAUUUGAACAAGACCUGAAGCAAAUGAUUGUCCGGCAUUCUUUUCUGACAGUUGUUCAUGCAUGCAUAAAGUGCUUAUGCUCUGUUGGUAAAGUAUCCGGAAAAGGUGCAAGUGUUGUUGACUAUCUUAUUCAGCUGUUCUACAAGCGGUUGGAUGCCCUGGGGUUUGAUAACAAGCAGCAAGUAGGACGGUCUCUUUUCUGCCUUGGACUGUUAAUACGCUAUGGUAGUUCAUUAUUGGAUGCAAACACUUCCAACGCAAGGAAUAUUGAUGUUGGGAGUAGCAUCAACUUAUUUAAGAAGUAUCUCCAGGCUGAAGACUUUAUCAUCAAAGUCCGGGCACUGCAGGCGUUAGGCUAUGUUUUAAUUGCUCGUCCCGAGUAUAUGUUGCAAAAGGAUGUCGGUAAAAUUAUUGAGGGUACUCUUUCUGCAAAGGCUGAUACUCGUAUCAAGAUGCAAUCAUUACAGAAUAUGUACGAAUAUCUUCUGGACGCUGAAAGUCAAAUGGAGCCUGAUAAAGUGAGUGACAAUGAGGUUACUCAUUCGGUGUCUGGUAACAAUGUGCCUGUAGCUGCCGGUGCUGGUGAUACAAACAUAUGUGGUGGCAUAGUUCAGUUAUAUUGGUUUAGCAUCUUAGGAAGAAGCUUGGAUGCGAGUGAACAUGUGCGCCAAGCUGCUCUAAAGAUCAUGGAAAUUGUCUUGCGCCAGGGCCUUGUACAUCCAAUCACUUGUGUUCCCUAUCUAAUUGCCCUUGAAACAGAUCCUCAUGAGGUUAAUUCAAAGCUGGCUCAUCAUCUCUUGAUGAAUAUGAAUGAGAAGUACCCAGCUUUCUGUGAAAGCCGUCUGGGAGAUGGCCUUCAGAUGUCAUUUAUAUUCAUUCGCACCAUGAACAAUGGUCUUCCUGAAAUUCCAAAUGCCAAAGGACAAACCAAAUUAUUUAACGAUAUGAAGGGGAAGUCCGAUGGAGGCUCUUCCAAUUUUGCUCGGCUUGGUGUUUCACGCAUCUAUAAGCUCAUUCGUGGAAAUCGUGUCUCAAGAAACAGAUUUAUGUCCUCUGUUGUUCACAAGUUUGAGGCACCAACAUGGAAUGAUUCUGUGGUUCCUUUUCUUAUAUACUGUGCAGAGAUUCUUUCCAUGCUACCUUUUACGAUACCUGAUGAGCCUCUUUAUUUGAUAUACACUAUAAAUCGACUCGUACAAGUUAGAGCUGGGACUUUAGAGUCAAACAUGAAGGACUUUCUGCACUUAUUACAAGGGAGGAGUGAUGGGAAUGGGAAGGCUCAAACCGAUCAAACGGACAACCCUGACAGUGAAAGAGCAAUGGAAAUUGAUGUGAAUAAUGGAAUACCAGGGGAGUUGCAUGAUCAACAAUCUUUUGGGGAUAAUGGAUAUAGGGAUCUAAAUAUGAAUCCUACGACCCCAAGAGAUCCUAAUAACAUCUCUACCAUUGGUUUGCAGAAUAUCCAGGCCGACUGUCUAGCAGCAGGUGCUUUGCAGCUUCUUCUGAGGCUGAAGAGGCACCUGAAGAUUGUGUACAGUCUUGAUGAUGCCCGCUGUCAGUUGUUUUCUCCAAACGAAGCAGUUAAACCAGGUGAGAGUCUAUCACGGCAAAAUAUUUCUCUCAAUAUUAGUGAUGUGAACAUCGACCCUCCCAGCACUUAUGAGGACCUCUUGAGGAGCUAUCAGGACUUCAAGAAUGCAUUGAAGGAGGAUACGGUCGACUAUUCGACUUACACAGCAAAUAUCAAACGAAAACGACCGCCUUCGAGUGCCAGGAAAAGUGCCAAAGCUAGUCGAGCACUAGAUUUAGGAGAUGAAUAUUCAGACGAUGAGGAUUGGGCAUAUAGUGCAAGUAGGUUAAAUAAGAGUGAGCGGAAAAGCUACAACACUCGAACCAGGCAGCGGCAAUAG